AAUUUAUUGAAGAGUGAGACUGGGUAGAAAACGCACGAACUCGCGUCAUUAACCGGGAAAAAAGAAAAAUAUUUUAAUACAACUAUUCAUUAAAAUAUAUAAUAAAUUACUGGCCGUAAAAUUAUGCAAAAUUAAAAAUGUACAAAAAAGUUUGUUUGACAUUUUUGUUUCUAAUAGUACUGGUAGGAUGCACGCGGCUCCCUUCCCGCCGAAAUCAUUCGAAAAAGGAGGCGAAACAUGAAAAGAAUUUGCGGGUGCGCGGAGAUAUUUUUGAAAAUAUGUUCAGUAUUUACGACCCUAGUUUCUUGUCGUCCGUGUGGCCCAAAAUAAGAAAUGGUGUUCAUAUUACGUUGAGUGACAAUUGUUAUAAGAAUUUAACGCAGCUCUACGAGGAUUUAGCGAAAGGACGCCUUUGGGCUUACAUGGUAACGGAUUCGUCCGGACGAUACCAGCCGGGUAUAUUCGCAGGGCAGCGCUUCUGGCUCGGCUCCAAGCGGCAGUGCUUCGAUAUGGACAAGAAUCUAAGGGAAGCCAUGAAGCCUAAGGAUUUAUUGGAAUACGACUGGACGAUUGGUACGGACGUGCAAGGUGUCAACCCGCUGGUGGAACAGACGCGCCCUAAGUUCAGGCUGGCGUAUUCUGUAGCCAAAAUCUACAUGACUGUCGUUAAUACUAACUUCGCUCAGCAAUUCGACAUCACAAUAGGCCUAUGCCUGCCUCGAAGCUGUGACAGAGAAGACAUAACUUCUGUCCUAACAUUCUCAGUGAUGCUGACCGACAACCUCAAAUCCAACCGAACUAGCCCACGUGUCGUCAAAAUGGCUUCUUUAAGAGAAAUAGACGAUUAUUACGACUUCUAUCACGACUUAGGAGCCAUUGUCCUUUUUGCGAUCACUGUUAUACUUAUAGUUACGUCUAUAACUGCUACAGCUUUAGAUAUGAAACUAUUUAGAUGCAAAAAAGCAUCAAGAUCCAUAACAUUCGAUCUCCAAAAGUAUAACAACACAGAUAUAAACAGGUUUCUCGAUAGGAAAAACAAUGAAAGUAUAGAUAAUAUAUGUAAUGAUGUGUCUGCGGCAAGCAACUUCAACAAUGUAAGUCUGGUGGCGAUGAAGGACGUGGAUUUGAACCCAGCUCCUCCUGUUACGCUGGACGUAGUCAAUGCAGAGCGAGCCUCGGGUAGUUGCAACAGAUGCGGCAAAUACAGAAGACAAUGCAAGAACCCCAAAAAGGCAGAAAAUCUGCCGCCCUGUCCUCGAGUCAAAUACAGUUCUGUCGCAAGCCUCCCUCACGACACCAGCUCCCCCAUCCUCCGCAGACUGUUCCUGUGCUUCUCCAUGAAAUAUUGUUGGAUGAGGAUCUUCAACACCAACAUGGCUAAUAAGAACAUGUCCGUCAUGCAUUUGAUGAAGAUUGUCGCCACUCUCUGGGUGAUAUUCAUUCAUGUGUCUGUGAUUGUUAGUUAUGCUACAGUAAAUAAUAUGAGUAUAUACAACCAUGACUACAUGUACUACAUAUUGGCAACGGGUACCCUGGCGUUUGAUACCUUAUUUUUUGUGAGCGGCCUCUUCAGCUCCCACCACUACUUCUACUUGCGGAGUCACUACACAGUGGAGGAGCUGGUCAGCUUCGGAGGCUUCUUUGGGCAGAUCCUCCAAUAUGUCUGCUUUAUCACUAACAGAGCUGUCAGGUUGUUACCCUCCUAUGUGUACGUGAUAUUCCUAUCCGGUAUAGUAGCCCGGAUGUCAAUACGCACAUCAGCCGUGACCCUACCUGAUGCAGACCACAGCAACUGUGACAUUCACUGGUGGAGGAACAUCCUAUAUAUCACCACUCUCUAUCCCGCUGAAGAAGAGUGUAUGCAAAUAUCCUGGUACCUAUCAACCGAGAGCCAACUCCACGUAGCAGGGGCUUUGCUUUGCGCGCUGGGCAGCGGGCGACGAGGACGGGUUAUAGCUGCGUUGCUGCUGGCUGCAUUGCUGGCGACCACAGCUGCCGAUGUCACCACCGCGUACAGGGACUAUGUGUUUAGUAUGCCAGGAGUGUUCACAGCCUAUUCGACCAUCAUCAUCCGGCCCUGGGCCCGGGUGGUGCCGUAUUUCACCGGCGUCAUCGCCGGCUGGCUGCUGUACAGGACUGACGGCAUUCUUAACGUUUCCAAGAUGACCUGGUACUGGUUGUGGCUGGUGACAGCGAUGUCGCUAUUGCUGUCCUGCUCGCUCCCGUGGCUGCAGGACGGAUGGGCGGCUGCGUGGUUACAUCUGACGUGGCCUGGCGCUUUGCUGUGGCCUACACUGUUAGCUGCCACCAAAUACAGAGCCGCGACCCGCGGCAUCCUGGACAGCAGGCUGACGGCCUGCCUCAGCCGGCUGAGCCACGGCGCGCUGCUGCUGCACGGGCCGGCAGCGCGCGCGCUGCUGCCCGCCGACGCCGCGCUGUGCGCGCACGCUGUCUGCAUUUGGUCGUACUUUGCUGGCACGGCGCUGUUGACCCUAUUUGGAUCUCUGCUGCUCUCACUCUUGGUGGAAAUUCCAUUCUGCUGCAUGUUGAGGAGACUGUCCGACUGCGCCAAUAAAUAGAUUUUAAGGAUUUGUUUAAGAGAAACAUUGUAAUUUAUUUAAUUUAUAUUUUGUAAUGUUUAAUAAAACUAAUGUAUUCG